CGGUCCUAUGCUCCGUUAAUCGCUUCAAAAUAGUCCACUUCCCCCCAAGGGCGCGAAUUUCCAAUAUGCUCCGUGAUCACACAUCUCCCCUAGUCGCUCAACUGCGGCUCAAUAACAGUGUGGGCGGGCCUCGAAUGGAUUGUGAUCAAUAACGAACUCUUUGGACGCCAGAACGUACAUUUGAGUUUGGAUUGAUUGGCUAGAACGGUGCGCCGAGCACGUAACGAUAGGAGACACUUGUCAGCUUAUCACAUCCAUGGGCCGGAGAACCUCGACCGCCAUGCCAACUACACCGAACACUGCCGCCUGUAGGCGCAGCGUGCUGUCGUGCGUCAGGUGUCGGAAGCGGAAAUCCAAGUGCGACAGACAGCUACCGUCAUGCUCCCAGUGCGUUGCUGUGGGCGAGGAAUGCAGGGGCUUCAAUUCAGCCCGCGGCGCUGCCAUUCCGCGAAGUAUCGUGCACCAUCUUGAGAACGAGAUUGCCAGUCUCGAGUUGAAACUGGCAGAGCUAGGCUGUGACGAGGCCGAGAUCCAGCAAGAGAUCGAUCGCAACAAGCCUUCCAACAAAAACCCUUCUGCCCUUGCGACGGCAGCUAUGAUCGAUGGGCCAUCGCAAGUCUCCUCAGAGAUGGAGAUCAGAGAGCAAUACGAUGCGGUCGAACAAGCCAUGAGCAGGCCCACUCCGAAUACGCACUCGCGCCAUCGGAGAACAUCGAGUGCCCAAGACGCGACCAAGGAGCGUGUAAUUGCCAGCGCCGAAAUCCAGUCGAUGAUCAAUGCGACUUUACCAGUUGGUCCGUCGCUGACGGACGUGGUACGACGAGUCCGCAUGGGACUCACCCCGUCGCUAGUGCUCUCAUCGGAGGCGAAGGAACAGGCUCAAAGCAAGACGCCAGCCCAGAAUCGUGAUAGCGAGCCCGAGGUCGAUGUAUCGAUCUUGGCAAGCCUGCCGUCUCACGUCGUCCACACGUUGGUGAGGAAGUACGUACAGCGCAUGCUCCCCGUCCACCCAUUUCUCUACGAGCCGACCAUAUGGGAACAGCUCGACCGCGUGCUCUUGAAGAUCCCGCGAGCUGAAGGAGGGGAGUCCUGCCCACAGACAGUAAGGCUCGACUAUGACUUCCUCGUUAUUUACUUGAUCCUCUCCGUGUCUACAACUUUGGGCAGUGCAAAGGUAGGGCAAGGUGCGCGAUGCAUGGCCUUCUCUGAAGCGCUCUUCAAAGAAGGGAUUCGCCACCUCUCGCAGACUGCGGCGUAUCCUUCAGACAUGGCUUGGAUCCAAGUCACGUUGCUGAUUCUGCAAUACGCAUCCAUCAAUCCUAAGCUGGGAAACGUGUGGAUCCUCAGCGGAUUUGCUAUGCGCAACUGUCUCGAGCUAGGUCUCCAUCGCGAGGUGUCGGAGAGUAUGGGCCUGGACCCCUUGACUAUCGACUUACGCAGACGCAUCUUUUGGGCCGCAUACUGUAUGGAUCGAUCCAUUUGUGCGGCGCUCCAGAGACCGCUGUCCAUUCCGGACCCGGCCAUUGACACGAGUGUCAUGUCAGUGCUCGAGGAUCGAUGCAUCACCUCACAUGGUCUCGAUCACCGGGGACAAGCAACCAAGAAAUUGGCUAUUCGUUGGAUCGAAUAUCGACGAGUGCAAUCCACCAUCAUCGAAGUCCACUUUCAAAGCCGGCUGCUGGACCCUCAACAGACGUGGCAGGAGUGGCUAGCCGUAACGGAGCGACGCCUAUGGGAAUGGUAUCAGUCUGACCUCCCGCACGACGGGUGGACCGAGUUCGCGUUGAUGCAUGGCCUAGUAAUGUUGCAUCGACCCUCGUCUCGUGCGCCCUUGCCAUCUUCCACGAGCAUGUCCACGGCGUUCGAGGCUGCCUGCUCGGCAGCCAAGAGCUGCCGCGGGCAGAUACUGUCGGGCUACUUCCCGCGCCCAUGGCUUGCGGCUCAUCACACCUUUGAAAUGGCCCUGGUGGUGCUGUUCUGUUUGCGACACAACUUCGAGGCGAUUGCGCUGCGGUUCAGCCCUAACGAAAUCUUUGAGAUGACAAAGCUCUUCACGUCGAACCUGCUGACCAUCUCGGGCCAAGGCUGGACCGAAGUCUCCGCGUAUGCGGCCAUCUACGAGAGACUACUGAGCCCACUCCUCGACGCCAUUUUCACCCGGUCUAGACCCGUCUCGAGGGCGUAUACCCCGGAGCAGGAGACGGAAUUGGCAAGGCUGCUGUACCCCAGUCCUGCACAUCGCCAGGAACUGCGGUUUGCGGAUAUAGGCGGUGCCAGCGUUACAGAGGACCAUUUCUCGUUCGAUGCAGGGAUUUUUGACUGGGACGACGAUCUGCUUGCCCACGACACGGAUUCGUUCCCGUUGUUGGUAUUCUAG